AGUAAAGUGGAGACAGCAGCCAUUGAGACAGAGCUGCUGAGGGACUACAGGUUUGGCCAACAGCAGCUCAUAGAGAUCUGGGGGCACGCCUGUGCCAUUGCCAUCACCAAGGUAUGUACCCCUUAUCCCCAUCUUCCCUCUCCAAUAAUCACUUUUUUUGGGACCAUUCAUCCAUCAAUCCCUCCAUUCAUCCAUCCAUCCCUCUCUCCCUUCCCCAGGCUCUGAUGCUGUUCCACCUAAUAGUAUUUUAAAACCAUGCAACUUUCUAAGAGCUGGUGACAUAGGAACUGUGAAUAGAGAUUUAGGGAACACACAGGGACUGUUAUGUUCUCUGUAUUCUUGCAAAAAUAGUGAGUUUGGGUGUUUAUUUACAGUUGUGGGAGUACUGUCCCCCUCAGCAAUGCGGUGUCUCUGCUCCAUAAACCCUGAGACACAUCAGAGCCUCUGUUUCACUAUCUGGCCUGAUUGCCUGAUGAGAGACUGAUCUGCUCAGCUGGGAGCCAGUCUGGCAAGUCCACCUGACCCUUAUCAGACCCCUAUGUGUUCGUUUGUGUGUGUGUGUGUGUUAGCACGUGUAUGUGUCUGCUUAUGUAUAAUGUGUCCGCUUUUAGCUUGUGUGUGUGUUCGUCUGGUUGUGUGUGUGUGUUCGCCUCUGUGUGUAAUAUGUAUGUGUGGUGAGCCUGUAGUCAGCGGCAGUAACAGCAGUGUCUAGAGUGUUUCUCUGUGGCGCUGUCAGGAACACACGCGGUUCCUUUGACCAGAGAGUCGGUUGGUUUAACCCUGCGGUCGUUUGCUCCACGGGCACCCAGUGUGGUGUGAUAAAUGUUCCCUGAGCUUCCAGACAUAUGAGACACUUUCCUGUCCGAGAGGGAGAGAGAGAAAGUCUGAUUACCUCAACCACAUCCACCUACCACCAUUAUCACCAGCAGCCAAUGGUCCAUGGCCAGAGCGGACACAGCCACAUCACAUACCGUAGCUAGACAAACAGCGCCUGGCUCGGCCCGGAUCGGCCUGGGGCUUCUGCACCCACAUGCAUGACAUCACUGUUAUUCAAGGAAAGUGCAGUAGUAGGGCUUUGUGAUUUCACUGCAGUCUGUGCAGUUGCCAGAUAGAUUAAUUUCUCACCAAGUAAUCCCCCCUAUACGUCCAAAGACAUCCAAUCCCCCCGGCAGCAACCACACGGGCCAUGACGGGUCCAUCUCAUGGGUGUUCCUCUGUGAUCUGGGCUGAAGUGCGUGCGGAGCGGCGCCUGCGUUCAGCCUGGGUUGGGAUAGCAGGCAGAAGCCUUUCAACACCUGGGGAGACAAAGAAUGUUCUGCUUCCACGGAGCAGUAAACGCUGGAGUCUGUUGUCCCUGGGUCCCUGUUCUGUCUACUCAGGAUGUGUUCAAUAUGUCAACGUGUCCGUCGUAAAACACAUUCAUUAUCCUGCGCAGCUUUCAUUAAUAGUGUGUGGCCGCAUUUAUACGUUUGUGUGUGUGUUUGUGUGUGUAUGUGUGUACAGUGCAUUUGGAAAGUAUUCAGACCCCUUUACUAUUUCCACAUUUUGUUACGUUAAAGCCUUUUUCUUAAAUUGAUAAAAAACAUUAAAAAAAUUAUCCCUCAUCAAUACCCCAUAAUGACAAAGCAAAAACAGGUUUUUAGAAAAUUCUGCAAAUGUAUAAUUUUUUAAAAACGGAAAUAUCACAUUUACAUAAGUAUACUUUCCGAAUGCACUGUAUAUCCAUCUGUAUUUUCUUUACACUUUAUCAUUUUUACACAUAAUUCCUAUUUUUAUUUAAAUAACUAAUUGUGAUAUUUGUUAUACAAAUAAAUAAAACAUAAUUAGCAUAGGCUGCUGGAAUUUAUACUAUUUAAGACUAUACCUGAAAUCACGGUACUACUGAACAAAAAUAUAAACGCAACAUGCAACAAUUUCAACGAUUUGACUGAGUUACAGUUCAUAUCAGGAAAUUAGUCAAUUCAAAUAAAUUCAUUAGGCCCUAAUCUAUGGUUGUCAAAUGACUGGGCAGGGGCACAGCCAAUCAGAAUGAGUUUUUCCCCACAAAAGGGCUUUAUUACAGCCAGAAAUACUCCUCAGUUUCAUCAGCAGUCUGGGUGGCUGGUCUCAGACGAUCCCGCAGGUGAAGAAGCCGGACUGGCGUGGUUAUAUGUGGUCUGCGGUUGUGCGCCAGUUGGACGUACUGCCAAAUUCUCUAAAACAACGUUGGAGGCGGCUUAUGGUAGAGAAAUUAACAUUCAAUUCUCUGGCAACAGCUCUGGUGGACAUUCCUGCAGGCAGCAGGCCAAUUGCACGCUCCCUCAAAACUUGAAACAUCUGUGGCGUUGUGUGACAAAACUGCACAUUUUAGAGUGGCCUUUUAUUGUCCCCAGCACAAGGUGCACCUGUGUAAUGAUCAUGCUGUUUAAUCAGCUUCUUGAUAUGCCACACCGGUCAGGUGGAUGGAUUAUCUUGGCAAAUGAGAAAUGCUCACUAACAGAGAUGUAAACAAUAAGCUUUUUGUGCAUAUGGAACAUUUCUGGGAUCUUUCAUUUCAGCUCAUGAAACAUGGGACCAACAUUUCACAUGUUGUGUUUAUAUUUUUGUUCAGUAUAUAUCUUUGAGAGGGCCAAGGGAGACAUAUCUGGAGUGUGCGCGUGUGUAUUUCAUAUACAUAGACACACUGGGGUGGCCUCCCUCACACAGACCCCGCCAAAAAAGCAUCCCCAGUGGAAAUUCUCCAUUGAGGUUGCCUCCCGUAUGUACACUACCGGUUAAAAGUUUUAAAACACCUACUCAUUCAAGGGUUUUUCUUUAUUUUUACUAUUUUCUACAUUGUAGAAUAAUAGUGAAGACAUCAGAACUAUGAAAUAACACAUAUGGAAUCAUGUAGUAACCAAAAAAGUGUUAAACAAAUCAAAAUAUAUUUGAUAUUUGAGAUUCUUCAAAUAGCCACCCUUUGCCUUGAUGGCAGCUUUGCACACUCUUGGCAUGCUCCUGUGUGUACUGUGUGUGUGUGUGUGUGUGAGGAUAGGACUGAGGAGCCUGGCAUGAGCUGACGUAUCAGCAUUCCUCCAGAUAGAAGCCAUGAGCAGGGCAGAAGGGCCCUGCUGAUAAACAGAGGAGCCAAACCCAGACCAGGGCAUCCUGCUCCUCUAAAACUAGGUUGUUCUGUUUCCCACUGGAUGUGUAUUAUCGACAUUGACUCUUUAAUCACUCUGUUAUUGCAAAACUCCUAAAACAAGGCAAGAUAAGAGGAGACAGUUAGGAUGCUGCUAUAAAAGGCACUCAGAUUUCCCACUGCACAGUAUGUUCAUAUUGAAUGCCACUUCCACUCCUAUCAAAGAUGGCUGGUCAUUAUAUGGCGCUAAUUAGCGUUAGCAUUUACCUCACGGGAACAGGUCAGAGAGGGUGUCAUCACAUCAACGCAGUGAGAUACACACAUCAAACCCUGUUGCACAGAGGGAGACACACCACGAGAGACACCAGGAAACUGUUUCAGCCACUCAGAUAAGAAAAUGGAGCCUAUCUCUCGCUUCCGCCUCAUGGGCCCGAGCUGUCAUUACCAUCCUUCUUCCAUCUAAUUUACAGUGUAUCUGCUCCAGGACAGAACAUUUAUGUUAGAGAUAAUGGCUGCUGUCUCCCCUCUCCCAGCAUCAUUACUGUAAUGAAUGCUUUCAUGUCUGUAUUAAUUGAAUACUGCAAUUAGAGUACGGCUCCAUUUGUUGCACGGUAAUGUACCCCUCCAUUUAGAGUUCCGGUUAUAGCGGCCAUAUUAAAAGUAGUCUAUGCAAUACGCUGGGUUCGGCUACACAUUUGUUUGGGUAAAGGCGUUGUGGGGUGAGGUGAGACACCCUUGGCUGUGAUGUCGCUAGUAGCUAGCAACACUAGCUACAUGAUUCACUCCCCCACUGGUUUGUGGGCUCCCGAGUGGCGCAGCGGUCUAAGAAUUUGUUCUUAACUGACUUGCCUAGUUAAAUAAAGGUUAAAUAUUUUUUUUUUAAAUGUGUGAAGCAGAGGAGGCUGGUGGGAGGAGCUAUAGGAGGAUGGGCUCAUUAUAAUGGCUGGAAUUGAAUAAAUGGAACGGUAUUGAACACAUCAAACAUAUAGAAACCACAUGUUUGACUCCAUUCCAUUUAUUCCAUUCCAGCCAUUACAAUGAGCCUGUCCUCCUAUAGCUCCUCCCACCAGCCUCCACUGGUGUGAGGAGGAAGAUUAGACAACUUAAGUCAACACGAAAGUGGCGGAGACCUGCUGCCUCAUUUAAGGACGUGUGAGGGGAUUUACUGGGGUAUGUGCUGUGCCCUUGUAAAACAGAGAGGUGGAGAUGCCAGUGGCCUAGUGGGGAAACUCAUGGCUCAGUAGUGUGUUAUUUAAAGGGAGAAUCCUGUGGCGUCCGGCUCUUGUAUUGUUUCCAUUCCUGUCAGGGUUAUUUUAAUGAGUUUGGGGCUUUUUGUCUUUAAAAAAAGACCUGGGUGCCAUUUCCCCUGGCCAUAGCAUGGCCUCCCUGGCACGCGAAGGAGAGAGUCUGACAGUGAUGGAGGGUCAGCCUCGCGGAUAGAAUGACCUGUACCCUGGACAAUGAGUCUGCUAGGCUAACUGGUGAUGUCUCUGUCUCACUCUCUGCCUCCCUCCCUCCAUCCCUCACUCACUCACUCACACUCACGUCCCUCCAGGCCUUUCCUCUGACCUCCCUGGCUAAGAAGCAGCCGACAGUGUUGGUGGUCUGUGGUCCUGACCAGAAUGGCUCCAUCGGCCUGGUGUGUGCCCGCCACCUGCGCAUAUUUGUAAGUAUACCACAGUAGACUGCACCCGCCAUGCACCCGCCAGCCAUCACACAUACAUGGCCAUGUGGACAGAAUCAGACAAUGGUUAGAAAUUAAGAAAUGGUUCACUGGGUUUAAUUGCAGUCUAGAGUAGAUGGGGCCCCCUCUGUGUUUAGGAGAUUUUCAUUUAAACUCCUGUAAAUCAUGAUUAAUUGAUCCAUUACGGGAUUGAAAAUGUCGAUGACAUCACUUCAUUGUUACCCUCAUUAAAUACCAUUACCCUCGUUAAAUACUGUCUGGUUACUGUUGGCAGUGGUAAUGUAACAUGAUGUCAUGCUGGUGAUGUCAUGACUUUGGUCACAUUAGUUUGCAUGAUGGUGGAUAAUGCUGUUCUGUGGUGUAAAUGCAUUAAUUGCAAUAUUACAGACAAUUACACUCACUAAAAACAAUCAGAAUAAGGAUUUACAAGUGAUAUAGUGAGGCAAGUCUACUAUCUUUAUUCUAUGUGGUGGAAACCAUAGAUGUGGUUUGGUUUCCCUGCCUUGGAAAGGAAUGUAUAUAUAUAACUUCACCAUAUGUGUCUGAGAUGCCAGAUUUAUGGAGCAUCGAUAUCUCUGAUUAAAACCAUGUUGACAGAAUCUGUUAAAGUUGUAAGAUGACUGUCUGUGAAGCUUUCGGGGCAGCGACUGGGCCUGGGGUCAACACACAGAUAUAUUUUACAGCAGGAUUCCAGGAAUGCAUAAAGCACUUCCACAUAACUUUGAUCCAAAGAAAACUAAUCAUCAGUCGAUGAAUUCCUGACUGUGGCAUUACUCUUAUUCCUUGCAGGAGUUGCUAGUUCAGGUCUUAAAGAGGCAGUGCACCGCAGCAGAUGAGACCACAGUCUUUAGCUCUGAUCUGGGAACUGUAGAUUAGAUUAAACAGAGAGUAGCUGACUAUUUAGCCCCAAAGCAAAUUAGCUAAGCCAGACUGAUUUGCACUGCGGUCCUAGGCUGGCCAUCCGUGUUCACCAAGCUAGCAUGUGUCUCAGUGUGUUUGGCAUGCAUUCUUGGUUCUUUCCACUGUUAAAUGCCAAACCAAAAUAUUGCAUAUGGAAAAGACAAAUAGUCCAAGAGUCAAAGUUAAUCUUUGUCAGAUUCUGUCUGAAUAUGAUUCAUUAUGACUGUGAACGUUAGUCCAGCUUGUUGUUCACGCAAGGGAGGAUGCACAUGAUGUUCCACAGUUCUUUCAGAAUAUUAUGUGGUUAUUUUAUGUUUCUAGUGAAGAAAAAACACCUUGGCCUCAACGUCUGAAAGAAUGAAGUUGUUUAUCACAUGACACAUGAUUCCCCGAGAUUCGACAAUGUGGCCUUUGUUUUCCAUUUGACAAAACCACGUGAAUCUCAAUGGACUGUGACUAAAGGGAAGACGCUCCUUUAUGGCCAACCCAGAAUGCUAGCCUUCAGGGAGAGGAAGUUCAAUACCGGGAAUGCUUAACAUCAACAGGAAAAGGCUUGUGGCCUUUCUGUAACCUGUAGUCAUAGUCCUCAUGCCUAAUUUCUCCUGUAUUCCUGCUCCAUGACGCUUAUUGACGCUAGAGAGCAUCCUGAUGGUGCCUCCGUCCCUGAGGUUCGUCUGUCUGACGUGAUGAUGUAACCUCUUCUAGGUCGGGGCACUAGGGGUCACAGAGGAGUCGCUGCCACCCCAGAGGGACAUCUCUCUCUGGGUACUUUAGCUGCGGCUAUGAAAGAUGACGUCAGUCGCCCGUUCCCCGCCCCGUUCUGCCUGUCUGUCUAUGCAGCCCUGAUCUACUAUACACAGACAGACCAGAGGGAGGGCAGGAAAACAGCAAUGUACAUCCUCUCAUAAAUGUUCUCCUUGUUAGAGGGCAUGUAUUAAUUGCUAUACUUCCUUUUGAUAUGCUUACAGUAACUUUCCUCUGACUCUCUGUUAUUCUCUCUCUCUCCUCUCUCGCUCUUCCUCCCCCUAUUUCUCCCCUCUCGCUCUCGCCUCUCUCCUUCCUUCCAAAAGGAGUACGAGCCCACCAUCUACUAUCCCAAACGCACUCCUAACACCAUUCAUCAGGACUUCACAGUUCAGUGUGAGAAGAUGGACAUCCCAUUCCUCUCCUAUCUCCCAACAGAGGUGAGCAACAUCAAAAAGGACUAUAAGACAUUUAUAGACACAUUCAUCCUUGAAUUAAGCUUGACAUUUGCAAGCGGAACUGAUUUAUGCAAGUGCACCAUGAGUUGAGCACCUGCAUCUCACUGUAGGAUUUGGCCCCAGCUGAGCUUGCUGGAGCUGUGAACACAAUGUAGAGCUCUUUUCUAGAGAUUGAUCAGAGUUUGGGUUGUGGUUGUGUGUUCAGGUGCAGCUGAUCAACGAUGCCUAUAACCUGGUGAUCGAUGCCAUCCUCGGGCCAGAGACUGACCACACAGACGUGAAGGAGCCCUAUGCUGGCAUCCUAGUCACCCUCAAGCAGGUCAAGAUCCCCAUCGCCAGUGUGGACAUGCCCUCAGGUAAGGCUGAGAGCUACAGUGCCUUGUAAAAGUAUUCAGAUCCCUUGGAUUUUAUCACAUUUUAUUGUGUUACAAAGUGGGAUUGAAAUAGAUUUAAUUUUCUUUUUUGUUAAAGAAAAAUACACAAAACACUCUGUAAUAUCAAAGUGGAAGAACAUUUUAAUUUGAUUUUUGAUAGGAAAAAAAUCACAACUAAAAUAUAGUCAUUGCAUAAGUAUUCAGCCCCUUAGUGUAGGCAAGCCUAAAUUAGUUAAUGAGUAAAAUUUGACUUAACAAAUCACAUAAUAAGUUACUGUGAGAAAUAAUAGGGGAUGACACGAUUUUUGAAUGACUAACCCUUCCUCUGUCCCCCAUACAUACAUCUGUAAGGUCCCUCAGUCGAGUAUUGAAUUUCAAGCACAGAUUCAACUAUAAAGACCAGGGAACUUUUCAAAAUCCUCAUGAAGAAGGGGAGUGAUUGGUAGAUGGGUAACAAUAACAAAUAAGACAUUGAAUAUCUCUUUAAGCAUGGUCAAGUUAAUUAUUAUGCUGUGGAUUAUAUAUUAAACCACCCAGACACAUCAAAGAUAGUCAUCCUUUUGAAACGAGCUGCAGGACAGGAAUGAAACUGCUAAGGGAUGUUACCAUGAGGCCAUUGAUGAUUUUAAAACAACUGCAGAGUUCAAUGGCUGUGAUGGGAGAAAACUGAGGAUGGAUCAACAACAUUGUAGACACUCCACAAUAAUGACCUAAAUGACAGAGUGAAAAGAAGAAUACAAAUAUACAGGAAAAUAAUAUUUCAAAACAUGCAUCCUGUAUGCAACAAGGCACUAAAGUAAUACUGAAGAAAAAAAACUCAGCAAAGGAAUACACUUUUUGGUCUAAAUGCAAAGCCUUAUGUUUGGGCCAAAUCCAACACAACAGAUCACUGAGUAACUGCCUCCUUAUUUUCAAGCAUGGUGGUGGCUGCAUCAUGGUAUGGGUAUGCUUGACAUUGGCAAAUACUGGGGAGUUUUUCAGGAUUAAAAGAAACAGUAAAUCACAGGCAAAAUCCUAGAGGGAAACCUGCUUCAGUCUGCUUUACACCAGAGACAAAAUCUACACUGGAGUUGCUUACCAAGAAGACAAUGAAUGUUUUUGAGUGGCCAAGUUACAGUUUUGACUGAAAUCUGCUUGAAAAUCUAUGGCAAGACUUGAAAAUUGCUGUCUAGCCAUGAUCCCCAACAUCUUGACAGAGCUUGAAGAAUUUUGAAAAUAAUAAUGGGUAAAUAUUGCACAAUCCAGAUGUGUGAAGCUCUUAUAGACUUACCCAAGAAGACACACGGCUGUAAUCGAUGUCAAAAGUGUUUCUAACAUGUAUUGACUCAGGGAGAUGAAUACUUAUGCAACAACUAUAUUUUAGGUAUUUAAUUUGUAUUAACCUAAAAAAAUAUAGAGUACCAGUCAAAAGUUUGGACACACCUACUCAUUCAAGGGUUUUUCUUUAUUUUUACUAUUUUUUACAUUGUAGAAUAAAAGUGAAGACAUCAAAACUAUGAAAUAACACAUAUGGAAUCAUGUAGUAACCAAAAAAGUGUUUUAUAUUUUAUAUUUGAGAUUCUUCAAAUAGCCACCCUUUGCCUUGAUGACAGCUUUGCACACUCUUGGCAUUCUCUCAACCAGCUUCACCUGGAAUGCUUUUCCAACAGUCUUGAAGGAGUUCCCACAUAUGCUGAGCACUUGUUGGCUGCUUUUCCUUCACUCUGUGGUCCGACUCAUCCCAAACCAUCUCAAUUGGGUUGAGGUCGGGGGAUUAUGGAGGCUAGUUCAUCUGAUGCAGCACUCCAUCACUCUCCUUCUUGGUAAAAUAGCCCUUACACAGCCCGGAGGUGUGUUGGGUCAUUGUCCUGUUGAAAAACAAAUGAUAGUCCCACUAAGCCCAAACCAGAUGGGAUGGCGUAUCGCUGCAGAAUGCUGUGGUAGCCAUGCUGGUUAAGUGUGCCUUGAAUUCUAAAUAAAUCACAGACAGUGUCACCAGCAAAGCACCCCCACACCAUAACGCCUCCUCCUCCAUGCUUUACGGUGGGCAAUACACAUGCAGAGAUCAUCCGUACACCCACACAGCGUCUCACAAAGACACGGCGGUUGGAGCUAAAAAUCUCCAAUUUGGACUCCAGACCAAAGGACACAUUUCCACGGGUCUAAUGUCCAUUGCUCGUGUUUCUUGGCCCAAGCAAGUCUCUUCUUAUUAUUGGUGUCCUUUAGUAGUGGUUUCUUUGCAGCAAUUCGACCAUGAAGGCCUGAUUCACACAGUCUUCUCUGAACAGUUGAUGUUGAGAUGUGUCUGUUACUCUGUGAAGCAUUUAUUUGGGCUGCAAUUUCUGACGCUGGUAACUAAUGAACUUAUCCUCUGCAGCAGAGGUAACUCUGGGUCUUCCAUUCCUGUGUUGGUCCUCAUGAGAGCCAGUUUCAUCAUAGCACUUGAUGAUUUUUGCGACUGCACUUGAAGAAACUUUCAAAGUUCUUGACAUUUUCCGUAUUGACUGACCUUCAUGUCUUAAAGUAAUGAUGGACUGAAGUUUCUCUUUGCUUAUUUGAGCUGUUCUUGCCAUAAUAUGGACUUGGUAUUUUACCAAAUAGGGCUAUCUUCUGUAUCUUGUCACAACACAACUGAUUGGCUCAAAUGCAUUAAGAAGGAAAGAAAUUCCACAAAUGAACUUUUAAGAAGGCACACCUGUUAAUUGAAAUGCAUUCCAGGUGACUACCUCAUGAAGCUGGUUGAGAGAAUGCCAAGAGUGUGCAAAGCUGUCAUCAAGGCAAAGGGUGGCUAUUUGAAGAAUCUCAAAUAUAAAAUAUAUUUAGAUUUGUUUAACACUUUUUUGGUUACCACAUGAUUCCAUAUGUGUUGUUUCAUAGUUUGGAUGUCUUCACUAUUAUUCUACAAUGUAAAAAAUAAAGAGAAACCCUUGAAUGAGUAGGUGUGUCCAAACUUUUGACUGGUACUGUGUAUAUAUUCUACUUUGAAAGAGUAUUUUGCGUAUAUUGUUGAUAAAAACAGACAAUUAAAUCCAUUUUAAUCCCUCUUUGUAACACAAUAAAAUGUGAAGAAAUCCAAGGGGUCUGAAUACUUUUGCAAGGCACUGUACAGUAUGCUGUACAUCCAACAUUUGCCAAUGGUGCACAGAUGUACAGAAAACUGCCCAAAACAGGGUUUACCUCUGAGCUAAACAUGAAAUAGUCAUAGAAAAGAAAAGCCUGUACAUGUACCACAAUACAUGACCACAUUUGCAACUACAAUAGGCUUCAUCAGAUCAACCUCAAGUCAACCUCAACACUGUCGAGGUAGGAGUGGUGAAGGCCAACCUGGAUGGACUGAGAUAAUAAAGCAUAUAGCUUAGUGUAGUACAUCCAUUUGGCUUCUGGCUCUGUCCAUUACAUCAUACCCUCUCCCCAUUUCUCUUGUUUUGGAACCCAGCAGCUUUCUCAUCUGUAAGAUAUAACAUGCCGGUUAAAGUUGAAAGGAGAAGAUCAAGUGAGAUACUCACUCUCUCCUUGCUUUUAUGUCACAUGACAUAUAGCCAGUAGAUGUCAACAGAUUUCUUGCUCAAUCUAUGGAGGUGGAAUUUAAAUGGUGAUCAUUGUUUGUCUGUUUGUCAAAGGUUGGGAUGUGGACCAGGUGACCUCAGAUGGGAUCAAUCCUGACGUCCUCAUCUCGCUCACGGCACCAAAGAAGUGCGCCACCAGUUUCUCGGGGAAGCACUUCUUAGCAGGACGCUUCCUGCCUUAUGACAUCCAGAAGAAAUACGAUCUGAACCUGCCAGAAUACCCAGGCACAGACUGUCUUAUAGAACUGUAACAUCUACAGUACACCCUCCUGUCCUAAUUUUGGAUAAAUAUGGAUAAUAUAUUUACAUGUUUUGUAUUUUAUAGAUUGUUACUGUGCUUUAUUGUUCAUGUGCCAUCUCUCCAAUUGGUGUAUACUAAAGGAGGUUGCGCCUUAGCCAGAAUCCACUCAAGUACAAUAGAAAGAUGAAUCUGUGGUUGGUCUGAGUUGUAUGUCUGUUUUGGAAAUGGUUUGAGGAGUUUCCAUGUGAGUUUCCAUGUGAGUUUCCAUGUGAGUUGUGACAUUCUCCUUUUUGUGAUUUCUUCUUAGCAAAGUUCCAAGAUGUUCUUUCUCCCUCAGUAAAAACUGAUGAAUGCAACAGGUAUUAUGUACCCUAGACUUAACUGCUAUUUUUGUUAUGUAUUGUUAUGUUUUGAGGGUUUUUUUCUUAUUGAAGAAUGCUUGGUUUUUUGGUUAUAGAACUGUACCUUCCAUCAGCUGUUGUUUUUAUUUUUUAUUUUAUUCAGUCUACACUACUGCAUUUCCUUAGUCCAAGUAACACCUGUUCAUUGAUUGGCAGUUGUAGAGUUAACUCUUUGUCCAAUAAAAUAUAUAAUUUAGUCGUUAGUUGUUUUGAUUCCUAUGUAAUUCGAUGUAAGAAAAGUAGGAAAG